UGGCUAUCCAAACUCAAAAACAAAGAGAAGAAAUGGUGGGUUUCAUGGAAAAGAUCAAACAAAAGCAGAACGAACUGGAACUCAUGAAUGACAAGAUUGAAAGAGAGAAACAAGACAUCGAAGAAAGUCGGGAUGUGCUAACAAAGGAGAGAGAGGAGCUGGAACAAAUGAGGAAUGAGACACAGCGACAGAGAGAGGAGACAGAAUCUCACAUGGAAGACCAAAGGAAAGAGAAAGAACAUCUGGAACAAAUGACGACGGACAUGAAAAAACAGUUGCUAGAGAUGGAUAAUGACAAGGAAAUGAUAGAAAGCUCAAUAGGUGAACUGAGAUUGAAAGAGGCAGAAAUGGUGAGAGAAAAGGAGAACAUGGAAAACAAGAUGGCUAGACUCAAAGACGAAGAGGAUAGAAUGCGGGAAGAAAUAGGAAGGAAGGUGGACAACUUGAAGCAGGAAAGUCAUGAAAUCAAAAGACUUAGAGAUGAAAUUGACAGUGAAAAGGACCAGCUGAAUGCAAAAUUGCUUGAGUUGGAAAAAAUGCGUGAAGAACUAGAUAGAGAGAAGAAGGAAGUGAAAGACAGGAAGGAUGAAGUACUGAAAGAGAAAGAUCAGUUGGAAGAGAGGCAAGAUAAGAUCAGUAAGGAGAAAGAGGAAUUGGAUAUCAGUCUUGAACUGAUGAAAAGACAAAGGGAAGACUUGACGAGCUUGAAGGCUGAAGCAGAAGCACAGACCGAGCCUAUGGAAAAAGACUGGAAGGAAAAGCUCACGAGGGAAAGACAACAACUUGAAGAUGUAAAGGAGGAGAUACAGAAGGAAAAAGAAGCCUUUGAGAGAAAGAAGGGAUUGACCACGAAAGAAAGAGAUGUGUUUGAGCUGAUGAAGUCUGAAACCCAGGGUCAAAUGGUGGAAAUAGAACAAAGCAAACAAGACAUUCGUGUGGAGAAGGAAAAGCUGGAUCAGAUCAAAGCUGAGUUAGAAAGACGAUCUGAAAACAUAAAUCAGGUCAUGGAUGAGACAAGACGGGAGAGGGGGAAGGUUGAAGAACUGGCUAUCCAAACUCAAAAACAAAGAGAAGAAAUGGUGGGUUUCAUGGAAAAGAACAACCAAAAGCAGAACGAACUGGAACUCAUGAAUAACAAGAUUGAAAGAGAGAAACAAGACAUCGAAGAAAGUCGGGAUGUGCUAACAAAGGAGAGAGAGGAGCUGGAACAAAUGAGGAAUGAGACACAGCGACAGAGAGAGGAGACAGAAUCUCACAUGGAAGACCAAAGGAAAGAGAAAGAACAUCUGGAACAAAUGACGACGGACAUGAAAAAACAGUUGCUAGAGAUGGAUAAUGACAAGGAAAUGAUAGAAAGCUCAAUGGGUGAACUGAGAUUGAAAGAGGCAGAAAUGGUGAGAGAAAAGGAGAACAUGGAAAACAAGAUGGCUAGACUCAAAGACGAAGAGGAUAGAAUGCGGGAAGAAAUAGGAAGGAAGGUGGACAACUUGAAGCAGGAAAGUCAUGAAAUCAAAAGACUUAGAGAUGAAAUUGACAGUGAAAAGGACCAGCUGAAUGCAAAAUUGCUUGAGUUGGAAAAAAUGCGUGAAGAACUAGAUAGAGAGAAGAAGGAAGUGAAAGACAGGAAGGAUGAAGUACUGAAAGAGAAAGAUCAGUUGGAAGAGAGGCAAGAUAAGAUCAGUAAGGAGAAAGAGGAAUUGGAUAUCAGUCUUGAACUGAUGAAAAGACAAAGGGAAGACUUGACGAGCUUGAAGGCUGAAGCAGAAGCACACACCGAGCCUAUGGAAAAAGACUGGAAGGAAAAGCUCACGAGGGAAAGACAACAACUUGUAGAUGUAAAGGAGGAGAUACAGAAGGAAAAAGAAGCCUUUGAGAGAAAGAAGGGAUUGACCACGAAAGAAAGAGAUGAGUUUGAGCUGAUGAAGUCUGAAACCCAGGGACAAUUGCUGGAAAUAGAACAAAGCAAACAAGACAUUCGUGGUGGAGAAGGAAAAGCUGGAUCAGAUCAAAGCUGAGUUAGAAAGACGAUCUGAAAACAUAAAUCAGGUCAUGGAUGAGACAAGACGGGAGAGGGGGAAGGUUGAAGAACUGGCUAUCCAAACUCAAAAACAAAGAGAAGAAAUGGUGGGUUUCAUGGAAAAGAACAACCAAAAGCAGAACGAACUGGAACUCAUGAAUAACAAGAUUGAAAGAGAGAAACAAGACAUCGAAGAAAGUCGGGAUGUGCUAACAAAGGAGAGAGAGGAGCUGGAACAAAUGAGGAAUGAGACACAGCGACAGAGAGAGGAGACAGAAUCUCACAUGGAAGACCAAAGGAAAGAGAAAGAACAUCUGGAACAAAUGACGACGGACAUGAAAAAACAGUUGCUAGAGAUGGAUAAUGACAAGGAAAUGAUA